CUCCACAACCGAGCCAUGUUGACUUUCCUCAGCUUUUCCAUCAUAGCAGCACUUCUCCAAGAUACUAUAGCCCGACCAGAAUUAGUGCUGGACGCCUUUCCUGCGCGGAUCCACGAGAAUUCCCCUCCAAACACUCUCGUACUUACAAUAACCGCAUAUGACAAUGCGACGGGUCAACCACUACAGAAACUGUCCAUGGAAGACAAUGAAUUUACGAGAUAUUUCAAAAUUACACCAACUGGAACCCUAAAAUGGUACUUGUCAACCCGAAAGAUAAUGGACAAACCAGAAAACUACACUUUUGAAUUCCGAGUUUUAGGAUCGUAUGGCGGAGUAGUAAGAGAUACUGAGGUGAAAAUUAUCGUUUCAUCAGAAAACCUUUACGCGCCAUACUUUUCCAAGAGACUUUACAAGUUUGUGGCACUUCGGGAUUCUCUUGACCAUGACCUAAACACUCUUGGAGCUGUUUCUGCAACAGACAGGGACCUAAGGGGAUAUAAUGCCAUUUUCCGGUACUUUAUAUUUGAACCUGAAGCAUCCAAGUAUUUCAAAAUUGAUCCGGAAAAUGGACAGAUAGGAAUAAUAUCUAAUUUUCCAGAUAAUAUGACUUCCAUAGCUUUCAAUGUUACAGCCAUCGACUCAGGAUCGCCAAUAAUGUCCUCGAGUUCCCAGGUGUACGUGGAAAUCACAGACUUAGCACCCCCUGAAAUAUUUUGCGUGUCCGUGGAAGGUACCACAGCUAGAAUAUGUUGGAAGGACAACACCAAUGGGUCAGUGGUGGAUCAUUACCAGCUUCAGUUCGCCAUUAACGGUCAGAAUGUGACCAGUCACCCAGUGGGAAUUGUGGGUAAGAGAGAUGAAGUCUGUACCCAGGUCAGGGCCGGGAAACUGGAGGCCGGAAACCGUCUGAAAUUUACUAUUAAAGUCUUCAACAAAACACACUGGAGUCCCGAGAGUGUGGAACGAUUCGUCAACAUUACCAAGAACGGGUUAUAUGGAGACUGUCCAAGGUUUAGCAACUGCAGUGUAUUUCAGCCUUGCCAAAACAAAGGAGUUUGUUUGACCGAACCCGAUCUGUCUUAUAAAUGUGACUGUGCAGAUGGUUGGGCUGGGCGUAACUGUACGGAAGUAGAUAAGUGUAACACGAACCCGUGCUUAAAUAAUGCUAAGUGUGAAUUUGUAUCCAGUAACAAUUUUCGUUGUAAUUGUCCCUCUCAUUAUUAUGGAAAUCUGUGUCAAUUUCAUGAUAAGUGUGUUUCUAAUCCGUGUUUGAACAGUGGAACUUGUUUUAAACAACCGAAUGGAAGUUUUCAUUGUCAGUGUCCAGAACACUUUACCGGUAGUUUAUGUGAAACCGAAAUUCUAUGCUCACCAAAUCCUUGUGAAAAUGGAGGAACAUGUACUUCCGCUUCCGGAAAGUUUUCUUGCAGUUGCCAGGAUGAGUACAUGGGCACAACGUGCAAUAUUCUUAAUAUCUGCAAAUCCAACAACCCUUGUGAAAAUGGGGUUUGUAGUAUGUAUUCUGAUGGUACUUAUAAAUGUUCGUGUGAUGAAGGUUUUACAGGAGUAAACUGCUCAGAGAGAGAUGCCUGUCAGCAAAACCUUUGUGAGAACAAUUCAACAUGUUUGAGAAAUGAAACAACGACACAUUGUAUGUGUUUGGAUGGUUAUUACGGGGAUCUCUGUCAGCAUUAUGAUAAAUGUCAGAAUAACCCCUGUGAUAAUGGCGGAACAUGUAAUUCGCUUUCAGAUGGAAGCUUUGAAUGUUUAUGUGAAACAGGCUUCAGCGGAAAACUCUGUGACGAAGCAGAUCCUUGUUCGUCUAAUCCAUGUCUGUAUGACGGAACUUGUCAGAAGAAAGAGAAUUCUACGUUCUCAUGUGAUUGUGUCACUGAGAAGUACGGCCCCAUCUGUGAGCAUACAGAUGGAUGCAAGCUUAACCUGUGUCAAAAUAAUGCCACGUGUAAGAACAUCUCAACUAAUGGUGCCAUCAAUUGUACGUGUAAAGACGGGUUCUUUGGUACCUUGUGUGACAGAUUUAAUCCCUGUGACUCCAGUCCAUGUCAGAAUUCCGGAAUUUGUCAAAAUCUCACCAACAAUGGCUACGUCUGUCAUUGCCACAGCGGCUGGACUGGAAGUCAAUGCCAGUACAAAGACUUGUGCCUUGACAAUCCUUGUCAAAACCAUGGGUCGUGUCAUCCGCAAAAUGAUUCCUUUCACUGCGACUGCAAACCCGACUUUUACGGAGAACGAUGUACCAAAUACCGAUUUUGUACCGCGGGAAAACUGUGUAGAAAUGGCGCCAACUGUGAUUUACUGGAUGUUGACGUUCGCCAGGUGAAGAUUAACGGCAGUUCAGCUAACGUCACCAACUGGUACAAUUGUAGGUGCCCUGACGGGUUUACAGGUAUUCAUUGUGACCAAGUAGCCAGAGCGUGCGAGGGGGACCCAUGUGGGUCUCGUGGAGUAUGUCAAGAGCACGGUUCCGACCAUGUCUGUUAUUGUCUGGAUGGGACCAAACGUCGGACAUGUGUCAAUGAAUUCUGUCCCAAACAGGACACUGCAUUCGACCGCACUGGUCGCCAUCACUGGCCGAAGACAUUGGCUGGAGUUGAAGUUUUCCUUGAGUGUCCACAUGGUACACUCAACAACUCUCCCAAUGGUUUUGCAUCUCGGAAGUGCGAGACCGACUCUGAAGGAAGAUAUAGAUGGCUACUUCCAAACACCAAAGAUUGUGUUAAGUUGUCUCCUGCAGAAGCUGACGUCAGACUCCAUGACCUUGUGUCUUUUACAAAGGACGGUAAAUCUCUCACAUCAGAAAAGGUGGCCUCCGUCACUAAUGACCUUGAAAAUCUCGCAAUGUUUGCCAAUGAAAAUGAAGGUAUUGCAAAGGAGAUGACGAUUGUGAUCAGUAACAUUCUGGAGGCAAAAGAAUCAGUUCUAAUUGAAAGUGACCACAAAAAUCACUCUAGUAAACGAUUGGUUGAAUUGCUGACGGAGUACGCAGACGCAGUGAUCACAGAAAACACUUCCUCUAUAGCCACUGACAACAUUAACUUACUAGUUGUCAACAUUACUGACAAAGGGGAUCAGGAUUUCAUCUACAAACCCACACUGACAGAUAAUAAAACAGAGGAUACGGGUGUAGUGCUGAAUGUUCCAAAGGAAGUCAUGAAAACGUCGGCCAAAGCCAGCAUGAAACUUCAGAUCAUUACUUACCGAACCUCCGCUUUCUUCAUACCGGAAAUCCCUACUCCUGAAGAAAUAGUUCUCAAGCAGAGAGUUUUGUCGGCGACCGUACAAGGAGUGAAAAUUAAGAAUCUUUCCAACCCAAUCCACUACACGAUUCCAAACAUUGAGUCAGAGGCAAAUCAUACGUGCGUGUACUGGGAACAAAACAGAUGGUCCACAUAUGGCGUCACCACGGUAUCCACUGGAGGGAACGAAACUCAUUGCCAUACAACCCAUCUCACUAGCUUUGCUGUUAUGCUGGACCCUACUCCCACUAGCAUGUUGUCUGACUCCCAUGAAAGGGCUUUGACAUACAUCUCCUACAUAGGCUGUGCUGUUUCCAUCUUUGGCCUGGCCUUCACUAUUGUAACCUACUCCAUGUUCAGAUCACUAAAUAGGGAGAGGUCGGGAAAGAUCCUGCUAAAUAUGUGCGUCUCUAUGCUUCUUAUGAAUGCAACCUUCAUUCUAAUGGCGGAGACAACUAGAUCUGAUGGUAUGGUUCUCUGCACAAUAGCCGCCAUAUUGCUUCAUUACUUCCUGUUGACGUCACUGAUGUGGAUGUGCACUGAGGCUGUCAACAUGUACCAAGCUCUAAUUAAAGUCUUCACCACUUACUCAUCUUACUUCAUCCUAAAACGAUGUCUUGUCGCUUGGGGUCUUCCAUUGGUUGUUGUUGGUAUUACAAUGGGAAUUAAUAAACUUGACAAUUACCAGACCAAGACUAACUUUUGUUUCAUUUCGCAAGCCAACACAAUCGCCUUUUACGCUGCUCUGUUGGGCCCGGCCUGCGUCAUCCUCGUCAUCAACACCGUCGUUUUUACGCUUGUUGCUCGAGUCAUCAUGAAACCGAGGUUCAGAGGGAGUAUUGGAAAGAAUGAAAAAGAAAAAGUGUCACCUGCGCAGGUGCGCGGUGCCUUUACUGUCAUGGUGCUGCUGGGAGUCACGUGGGUUUUCGGUCCAGUAGCAAUUAAUGAGUCUAAGAUAGUGUUCAACUAUUUAUUUACAAUACUGAACUCCUUACAGGGCUUUUUAAUUUUUGUGUUCCGGUGCCUUCUAAAUACAGAGGCCCGAUCCGCAUGGGUGCUUCUGAUCAAAACCGGAACAUUCAAGAGAAGGCGAGGUCCGAUCGUAUCGCAGCACGAUACGUGUUCCAAGGGAGGUAACGAAUCUCGAGGAAACAUGGCGGACAGCACGGUUCACACUGGACGAACCACAAUCCAAAACAGUAACGAGAAUCUGAACAUCACAAAGAAUGGAGGAAAACAUGAGAAUGGUUUCCACUGGAAACACGGAAAGGCUGAGGGAAAACUGGGACAUCGCAGUCCAGGAUUAGGAAACGGAAAGCGCCAUAGCGAUGAGUAUGAACUCAGAAAAGAAUUCGAUGACCUCACAAAGCUUUGAAUGCUAGUAAACUUUGAUGAACUCUUUCAGGGUACUUUGCUCCUAGCAAAUAAUGUUCAAUACAGUAUUGGACUGCUAAAGUGAUCUGCUUGAGCGAUCCACACUUGACUAAAUGUGGAGUCAGAUCCAAGUACAUAUGAACACAUCACUGUUCACGUGUUUUCAUGUCAGUCUUUGCUGGAUUAGCACGGGGUUUUCCCUCCGGUGACUGCCGUGUACACAUUAUAUAUAUUAUAUAAAAUAACGUAAAAUAUUUCAAGAAUAAAAUUUUUGAAAGUGUCAUUUCAAGCAAUAUAUUAUUAACUUCCUUUGGAUUAAUCUUUUGAAGAAAUAAAAUUCUUGAUUUUGGAAGAAAAAAAAGAAUUGUACUUAGUAGGGUAUAGUACAUACUGAACAUCUAUAACGUGUGUACGAUUUAUGUUAAUUUACCAGUACUAGACAAUCAUUUCACAGCUACGUAUAAGCUUUAUUUCUUACAUUUUGAUUACUUAGCAUUGUUAGUGAAAUUUCAUAAGAAUUUUUUUCUCUCUCAAAUUGUUUUUUAC